ACCCCCAUUUGAACGCUACAGGACUGUAAUAUCCCAGGCUUAGUGCGCCUCAAAUGUCACAUGCCAAAAUGUCAACCGUAAAAACUACCGUAGGGGAGAAAAGCGAACAAGCUGAGCGCUUUUAUGUGCAGGCCUGCCCUUUAUCGUCCAGUGAUGCAGGAAUGUGAAGGAUGCUGAGUGUCCACCUGACAGACUGCUUUGCGCCCGGGGGAGGGUCUCCAGUCUCCAGGCUGGCUGCCAUAACACGGCUCAGUUCAAGCAGGCGGACGGGGGAAGCGCAUCCUCAGAGAGAUCUGCUGGAAACACGAUCAUCUCCGGAACCUAAACGCCAGAUGAUUCGACAGCUUCAUGUGUUUGGUGUUAUUCUUCAAAGGACGCAAGAAAAGACGCAGGCGUCGGGUCCGUGCAGGAAAGACAAGCCGACAUCACCAGCCGCUGUGGUGAGCGAGGUCAUCGCAGAGUACCACGGUUCCUAUGAUCCUCUGUGCCUUGAUCCAAAUCUGAAGCUCUGACUCAACCUCAGGCACUGCCACAAUCUCAGUCACCUCCUCAUCCAGUACUAUUAUUGAUACCCCGGAGAGGAUGUGAAUAGGACAAGGACUGAGGGUAAAUAACCUCAAUAAAUCCAAUUAAGCAAAGAACUGGGAUCACAUGGCUGCUGUGGACUGACGGGUCAACUGAUAACCGAUCACACUGGCUUUUGUUUAGAAGUUGACAAUGGUGUUGUUUCUGGUUGGGAUCUCUGUUGCUGUGAAUAAUUCAUCUCAUGAGAACCAAACUGCAGAAAACCCCACCCAUCAGGGUGCUCAUGUGCUACCUUCAGCAUUGGUCAUAUCCCUGCUUCUUAUCAUCAUUGUCCUGCUGACAAUCUACUGUCUGAGGUUCAAAAACCACAGGAAAGCUCUGGUUACCUCAGUGGAUAAAAAAAUUCCAAAUGGCUUUUUGGAGGAACGAGGAGAGCAGACAGUGGUCCUCCUCCCCAGAUCUCCCUCACCAUCCAAGAGGUACUUCCCCAUCCCCCUCGACUCGCUGGAGGAGGAGUACAGGAUACGGUCUGCAGAUGAUGGCAAGCUCUUCAGAGAAGAGUUCAAUUCACUGCCGUGUUACUACCGUCACGGGUCCUUUGAAGAGGCGAGCAGAGAGCACAACAGAGAGAAAAACAGAUACCCAAACAUUUUACCAUAUGACCAUUCGAGGGUUGUGUUAAGUCAUCUUGAUGGACAUCUGUGUUCAGACUACAUAAAUGCAUCUUACAUAGAUGGUUAUAAAGAGAAGAACAAAUUCAUUGCAGCCCAAGGCCCAAAGCUGGAGACAGUGGCCGACUUCUGGCGGAUGAUUUGGGAACAGAAAACAGCGACUAUAGUAAUGCUGACAAAUCUUAAAGAAAGGAAGGAGGAAAAAUGUUAUCAGUAUUGGCCAGAAAAAGGCUGCAGGAUGUACGGGAAUGUCAGGGUGGCACUGGAGGACUUCACUGUGCUGGUGGACUACACCAUAAGAAAAUUAUGUGUUCAAUAUCAGGGUAGUGAUGGCCCCCGAGCUCCACGUCUGGUCACCCAGCUCCAUUUCACCAGCUGGCCGGACUUUGGGGUGCCGUUCUCUCCUAUUGGCAUGCUGAAAUUUCUCAAAAAGGUCAAAGCUGUCAACCCAUCAUUUGCUGGACCCAUUAUUGUUCACUGCAGUGCUGGAGUUGGGAGGACUGGGACAUUCAUUGUCAUUGACAGCAUGAUCGACAUGAUGCACAUGGAACAGAGGGUGGAUGUUUUCGGCUUUGUGAGCAGAAUACGAGAACAGCGCUGUCAACUCAUCCAGACAGAUAUGCAGUACUCCUUCAUCUACCAGGCUCUGUUGGAGUACUAUCUGUAUGGAGACACAGAGCUAGAUGUGUGCUCUCUGGAGGGCCAUCUGCAGAGGCUUCACAAUACCAGGGCUCCCAACGACAGGCUGGGCCUGGAGGAGGAGUUCAGGAAGCUGACCAAUGUUCGUAUAAUGAAGGAAAAUAUGAGAACUGGAAACCUUCCUGCCAACAUGAAGAAGAACCGAGUGCUUCAGAUCAUUCCGUAUGAUUUCAACCGAGUAAUACUCUCAGUGAAAAGAGGGCAGGAGUUCACUGACUACAUCAAUGCCUCCUUUAUUGAUGGCUACAGGCAGAAGGACUAUUUUAUCGCAACCCAGGGCCCCCUGUCUCACACAGUGGAGGACUUCUGGAGGAUGGUGUGGGAGUGGAGGUGUCAUUCAGUCGUUAUGCUCACCGAACUCAAAGAGAGGGAGCAGGAAAAGUGUUUCCAGUAUUGGCCAUCGGAGGGCAGUGUACUAUUUGGAGAUUAUUCUGUGGAGCUGACUGGAGAUACGGUGUGUGGAGCCUUCACUCUCAAAGACAUGGUGCUCACCUACAGACCAGAAAAGCAGUCACAACAUGUCCGACACUUCCACUUCCAUGGAUGGCCUGAGAUCGGAAUACCAGCCGAGGGAAGAGGGAUGAUUGACAUCAUUGCUGCUGUGCAGAGGCAGCAGCAGCAGUCUGGAAACCGUCCCAUAAUUGUGCACUGCAGUGCUGGUGCAGGUCGGACCGGUACCUUCAUUGCCCUCAGUAACAUUCUAGAGAGGGUGAAAGCUGAAGGCCUGCUGGAUGUUUUUCAAACAGUCAAGAGUUUACGCAUGCAGAGACCACACAUGGUUCAGACUGUGGAACAAUAUGACUUCUGCUACAGAGUGGUUCAGGAUUUUGUUGACAUCUUCUCAGACUACGCAAAUUUUAAAUAAUACCUGCCAGACAGUGUUCUCUAUAUAAGUCAGGUUAACUUAUGCAAUUUUUUCUGAAUGUUGUUUUUUAAUGUGAGCUCUUUUUAUAUUUUGCACUUGAUCACAGAUCUAAAAAUGUUGUAACAUAUUGUAAUAUAACUGGAAAUAUCUGCACUCCAGGAGAGUCUGUCUCUUUCAGGAAUGUUUGAUCUUUAAUUACUCCAGUGUAGGAAUUAUAGUGGUUUAAUUAAUGGGUUGGUUGGAUUCUUGAAAAUGUAAAAACAGUUGUUUUGUAUUGCAUAUGUGCAACAUUGUGAGGGUCAAAGUGUCUAAGAGGAAAUAUUCAAUAACAAUAAAUAUACAAAUUUGAUCUAUAUAAAUAAUGUGUAUAUACUGUAUAUUGUAGUAUGCAUUGUUCACUACAUGACACACAUCACUAACUUGUUACCAACCACAACACUUUGGUUUGCAUUGAUCUAUGCUGCCCAUUCAACAUGUGUGAUUGCUCUAAAGAGAAUAAAUUGCGUGUUUGAUAAGUAGUGAAACAAGAUUCAUGCUUUUGCCUAAAUGAUGUCCUGUCUGAUGUGUGAAUAAUAUUUAUGAUGUGCAUUUAGGUUAAGCAAAAACAUAGAACUCAAGACACAUUUCACUCCAUUAGACGCUGCAAAUUACUUUACUUUUGUUUGUGAAUAACUUAACAGCUGCUGUCUGUUGCAAUUUUAUUCAACCUCACCAACUUUCUUUUUUCCUCUGGCAAUAUUGCUUAGCGGAUUGGUGCCUGAUGCUGUAAAAUACAAUUAGCCCAAAUUGGAAUAGGCAGAAAAUGAUGUAUUAAUGUAAUUUAAUGCAUCGCAUGAAUCCAGAUGUAUCAUUCUUACAAAUGUAUUGCAGUGAAGCAUCACAUCCUGCUUACUAAAAAGUUUUUACACACUUUAAAAAGCCAGUUUUAUACUUGCAUGUUUGCAUAAAGUGUUGCCAUAUUGAUUAGAAAACAGUUCUAAUCGUGAAAACCCUGUCACCAAGUGACACAGUUCAAAUGAAGAUUAGCCAAAUGUUUAUGUUUAAUUUAGAUAUGCUGUAAUAGAUAUACUUUUAAAAGCAUAUUGUUUUGAAUUGGUGUCUCCUGUAUGGAUCAUUAGUUCAUUGUUGAUACAAAUGCUUCUCAGAAUAGUAUAAGGAUAUCAAAUGUAUCACAAUUUUAGUUGUUGUUAAACUGUGUCUCUGAGCAGUUGAGAAAAAAAACACUGUAGAACUUUGGGUUUAAAUGAGUUAAUAAUUGAUGCAGUUGAAUUUUGCUCAUCCCAGGGACUGAGAUAAAAAAAAAAACGUCUGAGACAGUGAAGAGCACUGAUAUCAAGAACCAUGGCUCAGUCAAAAUAUGAAAUAUACAUGCACAGGCAUUUUGACAUAUUUUAUUAGCUUCACAACCGCAAAAUUGCUGCAAAAUCAAAAGCAUAUAUUUUUGCAAGGCUUAUUUAUUCUUUAUAAAACAAUACGUAAAUGAGAUUGGGUGAAGAACUUUCCACUUUCAUAUUAUAAAGUUAUACGACAGGUUUAUAUACUGUAAAUUCAUUUUGUGAUCAUUAAUCAUCCUUAAGGUUUACUGCAUUGUUGACUUCAAUUUAAUGUACUGUCAUUCUGAAGGAAUAAGAAAUAAGGGUAAUGACAGUGAGGCCUUGUAGCUGGUGUAAUAUAAAUGUACAAGCAUCUUAUUUCAAUGGUGUUUCUUUUUGUAUGGACUUGAGCUGCUAUUUGUUUGCUAAAAGUUGAUUCCAAUAAAUUAUAGAU